AUGGGUCUUAUAUCGAAGCUUUUACUUAUAGUGUCAAUCGUACUUAUUGGGCAUUCAGGUUUCUCCAGCUAUGAGUUCCACCAAAUUGUGAAAUUUUCCAAGAAUGGCGCAUCGGAAUCUUCUAUUCGGAUUCCAAAGGACAUACUUUAUGAAACAAUAGCUGGUCUCGUCAUCUUUGUAUUGAGCUCAUUCCUUUCAUUCGAGAAGCUCAGCUAUCUUCCGUUACUUGGUCCCAAGAAAUUGCUCACGCAGGGUCAAUAUCUGUUAGACAUUGAAAUGAGCAAAGCUACGAACGUCGAUAACCUGAUUGGCAGCGAUCCCGCCGGCGCUGUCAACUUUACACCAAAUUUCGUCGAUAUCAUAGCGAAGAGAUCGCAAGUUAAAGAAUGGGAAGCGAAGAAAGACAUCUAA